CUCUAAGAGAUCGAUCCUAUCGAUAUCGAGAGACAGAGUCAUUCGGCAUUUGGAAGGAAAGCGCCUGUGUGCCCCUCUCUCUCUCUCUUUGAUGGCGAUACCAUGGCCGCUGACCUUCUUCAACUCCACUCGCCCUCUCUCCACAGCCCCACCAUCCGAACGAUCGCAUCUCCUUACCGGCCGUUACCUUCCAACCAUCUCACCAAUCGCCCUUUCCACUUCCCAACCUGCACUCCCCAACAAAUCCCAUCCCUUCAUCACCACUCCCACAAAACCCCACAACCGACGGCUGAAAAUCACAGCCGCCCACUUCAACUUCUCAUUCCCACUGCUCAUCUCUCCUCAAGAAUCACGAUCAUUGGGGAAUAUGGACCUCGCUCUUCACAGCUGGUGCAUUCGGCCUCUGAGAAGACGAAAGUGCGGAGCGUGCUGAGUGGCGCCCUGGUCAGCACUCUGAUGGCACUCGCCAAGACCAACCUCAACAUCAUUGCUAAUGAGGUCCCGGUGUAUUCUGUUGUCUUGGAGUAUCUGCUGCCCAUUGCCAUUCAUUUGCUGCUCUUCAGAGCAGAUCUGCGUCGCAUCCUGCAGUCCAUCGGGGUGCUGCUUUUGGUCUUCUUGCUUGGAUCAGAUUUGUCGUCCGUUCGCAGAACCGAUCCGAUGAUAGCAACUUCAGAACAGUUGGAUUUAAGAUGGAUGGAUGGGAUGGAGGUUGGAUCAAGUUGGUUGGGAGAAGCAUUUUUGGUUUUGCUGCUGCAGCUACCACUGUGAUUGCCAUCAGCUGCGAUUCCUUGGGCCUCGUGGAGUCUCUCAUCAUCACUUUCCCAGCUUCUUGUGGAGAGCUUGAUUGGCCUUGUGAAUAGGAUCGACAGGGCUUAUAUGGUCCUCAACGACUACGGUGCCAACAACUCCCUGCUAACUCUUUGGGAAGCCCUUCCAUUCGUCGCUGUCGUUAGUGGACAUGUUUGUCUCUCAAUCAGUUUCCAUAUACUUUAGGUUCUUCAUUUUUGUUGAGUUAUGUGGUUUAUACUUUGAUUUUAUUUCAUUUGAUUGCAGAAUUCUGCAAAAUCAUUGAUUUUAGAGAGCAUCAUCGGGCGUGAUUUUCUUCCUAGGGGAUCUGGUUGGAGUUCUGAAUUUUUUAUUCUUUUACUUUUAUUUUUUAUUUUUUUGAGUUUUUUCUAUGGUGGAUAUUGUGGUAUUUUUGAAGGGAUUGUCACAUGUCGGCCAUUGGUUCUGCAGUUGCACAAGACAGACAAAGGACAGACGGAGCAUGUUGAGUUUCUUCACUUGCCAGAGAGGAGAUUUUCAGGUUUCAGAAACUUCUAAGAACGUAUUGGAAAUUGGAUAUCCAAGAGAUGACACUAGAUAUGAAAAUUCACCUCAAUCAGAGUAUAUUGACCUCCCCCAGUACAGGCAAGCAACACGUGUGUUCGCAGCAACCAUUACUCACCAACAGCUUUGAUUCUGUUCACUCAUUUCCCCUCAUCUCACUACUGACAAGCUGUUCAACAGAAAAUUUGAAAGGGAUAUGGACCGCAAAGAUGAUCAGCCCAACAGUGCCAUCUUUGUUCAACAAGCUAAUGCAUGAAGUGGCUUGAUGAGAGGUUUACCAGUUCGGUCUUCUCCAUUUCAUUCGAUAGUGUGGAAAAUCUAGGAGUGGACCACAUGAAGGAUUUUUAUUUAUUUUUAUGUAUUCAAGACCAUUUUCAAUGUAUUGUUGUAAAUAUUAUAUAUUUUAUUGUAAAGU